AUGGAUAUAGUCUGGUCUACAGUCACUGGAACCCAGCUGCACUGUAAGAAAGAAAGUGUGGCUACUUUUUUGGAAAGACACUCUCUAUCCCUGAGUACCCAUGCUGUUGUUCAAAUUACUUGGUCAGGAACCCGCUUAGUUGGGCAGCGCACUUUAGAACUGGACGGCUUGCUAGGACGGGUCGAAAAUGCGAAGACUCUGCGCUAUCUUUUAGUCCAGCCCGAGCACCAACUGACCAUUUGCUUAAACAGUUAUACCCGAGAGUUCUUACUAGCCGAUCUCAACCAGCUGACUUUCUCCUGUGCUAAGCAAACACCUAUAAGUCAAGUUCUUCGUGACUUGCGCCAUUAUUUCAGCCCGGACUUGGUCGAAUCGCAUUUUACCCUCUACACCGUUGAGUCAACCGCAUUAGGCCGAACCUUAGUUGAGGUUAAACUCGGCAGUGUAGCAGAGACCUACACCAAUUUACAGCUGCAAGCACGAGAUCCUUUUCUCCUUGCCCGCACUCGACAGCCGCAAUACGUCCAGUCCUUCUACCAACUAGACACCUUCAACAGUUCCCUGCUCUUCGCCACCCAGUACGCUAUCUCGCUCUACAGCCACUUCAUCCUAGCCCAGAAGAAAGGAGGUCCAGAUAAGUACGGCCAGUCCUUAGAAAUAACCGAAGACUUACGUGCUUUCAAACAAGUGUUUGGCAAACGCCAUUUCCUCGUUAUAGAAACCCCAGGCACGCGCUGGACCUUCUACUCUAAAUCACGUCCUAAUACUGACCAACUCCUUUAUGAGAUUAAACAAGCUCCGCGUUAUAAGCCCCGUGAAAUAGAGCCUUCUAAAUCAAACAAAAUCCAACGCUACUGCCAAUCAAUUGAAACUCUCCUCGCCAAAAACAAUCCUUCCCUCUCUUCCCUACCUCUUUUCUCCCGUAUCUUCCCCUCCGAACUGCCUACCGACCAAAUGGCCCAAGAUCCAGUCCAGCUCCUACACAAGCUAGAAUCUUAUCUCCAAAGAAGUGUCUGGGACAAUGUCAAUAUUGAGUUUAUUCUUUAUUUGCUGGUUGCCCAAAACAUCCUGCCUAUCGAUGGCCUUCAGGACGAAGUCCGUCAGUUCAGCACACAUCGCAAGCAAAUACUCUCCCAAUUAAGAGACUUCCUUCACCGCCAACAGUCCAACCGCCAUUAA